AUGAAUGACAGUGACAACACGGGGGCCAACUUGGCGGCGCUGAGAGAGGAGUUGCAGCAGGUGACGUAUUCUAUAAGAGUGUUGCUGGCUGGUAAUGAGGAGGUUGUGCGUCGCAUGUUUAUGACGUGUUGUAGACGGCUUGAAGGUUUAAGGAGGACGAAGAUUGAGUAUGAAGGUUUGGUCAAGGACCAAUCGUGGAUAAGUAGUUUUCGUGUGGCUCGAAGUAUAAUUCUGAGGCAUGAGGAAUUAAGUCGAAUGCAGGAGGUUAAGCGUAUGUUGAAAAGUUGUUCGGAAAUGAAGUUUCUGCGACUGAAGGCAGAUGAGUAUUAUAAACGACGGAUGUAUGAGAAGUAUGCCCUGACCAUUCAUCGUAUGAACAAAUUAUAUCAGGAAGGAGCCGAGGAAUUAGAGCCACGGUUAGGCCAUAGAUUAAGCCACAAUGAUGAAACUGUGUUCAAGACGUUUAAUAUAUCGAACGUGUGCAAUAUAUCGAACGUGUGCAAUAUAUCGAACGUGUGCAAUAUAUCGAACACACCUCGUAUUCCUCGGAUAUGUACAAUUAUCAAUGACACUAGCCAGAGGGGAUUGACGUCUGUGCCGGCAGUUGUGUUGAAUGAGUUUAUUAACAUGGAUUACCGGAAGAGGGUGGAAGCCAGGAAUCGAAUGGCGAUUGAAUUGGUAGUGUCAUUAGCGUAUGUGGGGGACCCAAUAGAGAUACUAAUAAACACGUGUGCCACGUGUGUGGGCCUUACAAGUGGACGGAGUGUGGACUCGACCUCAGCGGACGGUGAGGAUUCUUUGGGUACAUACUCGUCAGUGGGGGCGGGGAGUCAGCUCGGUUCCGUUCAAACACCGCAAGGGCCCUUGCCGGAUGGGGAGACCAGCAGCCUGAGUGACGAGUACAUGCGAUUGUGGGAUCAAGCGGUGACGUGGCUGGCUGUUAUUUGCCAUGUCCGGUCUUGUUUGAAAGAUGUGCGGGAUCCGCACUUCAAACAACUGGCGGCAGCACUUGACCGACGGAAACGUGAUCUCGCCAACGCAUGUCUGGAACGUCUGACGGAGGUUGCCAAAGAUGUAUUUGGCCCACCACCCCCCAAGAUACCAUCCGACGCCGCCACCACGAUCAAAAAAUCAGUCGAAGAAAUCAUGAUCAUCACCGCCACGGGCAUUUGGACGCUAUACAAGCAAUGUAAAAAAUUGGAACUCGAGCUGACUGCCACAGAGAAGAAUAUAUCAGAUAAACUUCCAGAGGAAACUGACCCCAUUGUCACGCACCCUCCAGAGGAAACUGACCCUCCAGAGGAAACUGACCCUCCAGAGGAGACUGGCACGCAAGCAAUAGGUCCCGGGAUGGAGGCCGGAAGUGAAAAUGAGACUGAAGACCAAUUAGGCUGUCAACGAGGCGGUGAGUUUGAAAGCCAGCGGGAAGGUUUGCUUAGUGAUACGUGCCCAAAUGAGUACGGGUUCUUGGAGUCCGGGUUGAAGGAGUUGUUGGGCAUCGUCGAGGCGCACAGUUGUAGAUUGCUUCAGUGGUGUGUGCGUGAGCACGUGUUGCCUAGUUGCACGAGUCUGUUUCGAGAAGAACCGUGGGUCGUGCCUCGUUUCAAUGAUUGGCUAGACUCCUUAUGUCCUGCGCGAAGACAAACGUCCGAGCGGCGAGCGUGCAACUAUGUAGCUUAUGUAUUGGAUGAGAUGCCUGCGACCGUGUCGGGAUUUAGCAAACUGCUGCCAACAGAUUACCAGUCACCCUUCAAGAGGAACUGGCACGUUCGAUGUAAGCCGGUUUUGGAUAUAAAUCGAUUGUAUUCACCAUCGCGUUACUCAGGCCUGUUGGGUGACCAAUUACGAAAAUGCGGCACCAUCUUCAAUUAUCAAUCUUACUGCAUUCAAGAACUAAUCCGCCUCUCCAACGUGUUAGUCUGGCUACCCCAGUGUGAGGCUGUCGUUAACAGACUCGCACUGCAAAUCACUGUACUCCUUCUAGCCAUGACCGUCAGAGGCUAUCUCUCCAACCCAAUGCUUAAUACCAUUCUUAACCCCACUUCUACCAAAGGAUUGGACGCCACCAUACAAUAUAAGAGAAUGGAGACAACCAUCCAACGAAUCGUCCAGCUGUUCAACGCCUACAA